CCCUCAGUAACAAUUCUGUGUCUGUCCCUGAGUAACAAUUCUGUGGCCCUAAGUAACAAUUCUGUGGCCCUCAGUAACAAUUCUGUGUCCCUGAGUAACGUUUCUGUGGCCCUAAGUAACGGUUCUGUGGCCCUCAGUAACAAUUCUGUGGCCCUCAGUAACAAUUCUGUGUCUGUCCCUGAGUAACAAUUCUGUGUACUCAGUAACAAUUCUGUGGUCCCUGAGUAACAAUUCUGUGGCCCUGAGUAACAAUUCUGUGUCCCUCAGUAACAAUUCUGUGUCCCCUGAAUAACAAUUCUGUGGCCCUGAGUAACAAUUCUGUGUCCCUGAGUAACAAUUCUGUGUCCCUCAGUAACAAUUCUGUGUCCCUGAGUAACAAUUCUGUGGCCCUAAGUAACAGGUUCUGUGUCCCUCAGUAACAAUUCUGUGUCCCUGAGUAACAAU